AAAUCUGAACCUUAAUCAAUCCUAAUUAAUCAGUUACAAAGCUUACGCCUUGCAGGUUGCCUACUAUAAAAAUUAAAUUUACCGUUCAUUCUUUGUUUCUUGUUAUCUAGCAAUCAGGUGUUUGUUAGUAUAUGGUUAGUAUUUAGUAUGAUUGUUAGCCAUUGUUAACAUUACGAGUCAGCGUUGCGUUGAUAUUGUGAUUUAAGUUUCAAUAAGUCUCUAACAGUCUAAUAAGUGUUGUGGGUGUUGUGAAAAUGGCGAAGAUGCUCAACACGGUGUUGUUCAUUUUAAUAUUUUUUUGUGUUAAUGGGGAACCAAUUAAUGAAACCAAUGAGAAUUACACCCCUCACAUUUGGGGUAUACUGAAUUAUUUCAAUACUGAUCCUAAUCGAAUAUACAAUUACAACGUUGGAGUUUUAGAAAAUGCGCAAAAGACUGAAAAAGGCUUAUUUUUACAAAUCGAAGUUCAAGUAGAAUGUCGCCUUAAUCCAAACGAUCCUCGAUGUGGGCCCAAAGUGCACACAUGUGAGGCAUUCAUUGAAAAAAUAGAAGGAAUUGACAGGUAUGAAAUAUUGCCAGGGGCUAUCUGCCAUCCCAAAUAUGAACCCACUGAAAGGGGUGAAUUAAAUGGAGAAGUCCCUGUACAAAGAAGUUCUGUGCUGCAGGUUAAUGAGGAGCCCACAAGCUCAGUUCAAGCAAGCAAUGAAGCUUCGCCAUCAGGUGAAAUUUCUGACGAGUUCGUAGCUGUACGCCGCAAUUCUAAUCAGUGUUUGGGAUGUGUUAUUGAUCUUGAUAAAAAUGUGGAAGGAUUACCUGAUUUAAUAACAACUGCAUUAAAACAUCUCGAAUCAGAGCGCGAAAACAAACAUGUACUCUUAAAUGUAUUAAGGGUACAACAACAAGUUGUAGCUGGAAUUAAGUACAUUCUUUUACUUGAGGUAGCCCCUACUGUAUGUGCUAAAGAUGUAAAUACAGUAACCCCAGAGUUGUGCCCAUUAAAUACCAAUGUACCAUCUCAAAUAUGCCAUAUAACAUAUUGGCAAAAGCCAUGGAUAAGUUUGCAAAAGCACAUAAUUGCAAAUAAUUGUACAGUAUCGCAAGAAUUCACUGACACUACUAAUCCCACAUUUCCUAAUACUCCAAAACGUCGGUAUCCAGAAGAUAUAGAUAAUGAAAUCGAAAUUACAAAUGCUUACGGUAAUCGAUACCCUUCAAAGAUUAUCGAUAAAGAGCCUAACAAUGUGCCUAAUUUUGACGAAAUAGCGAAUUCAGGCCGUUUUGACAUUGAAAAUUCUGACUUCAUAAGCCCAUCAGCUCUUGCCAAUAUAGAGUCCCAAAUUGAGUUUCACAAGACUCCUAAACAAGUACAGUCCGUUGAAAAUGAAAACACUGCAAAACCACAAAGUUCUGAGGGUCCUGCAGAAUCACCUUCUGGUGAAGUUCAAGUACAACAAAUUGACUCAAUCCCCAACAAUAAUGGAGAAGUGAUCAGCAACAACAGUUCUACCAGUAGUGCUUUAAAGCUUGAAGAUGUUCAAACGCAAUUGAGAGAAAGUACGAUUCCUGUAGACCACCAAAGAAGAAAAAGGUCACCAGCUGGUUCAACGAAAACAUCAUUCAAAAAAAGUAAUCCUUACAAUAAGCAGUGGCUCAGAAUGUUAGCCAAAUUUGUAGUUGAAGAAAAGCUUGGCCCAAAUAGAUGUGAUGUUGUAGAAGUUUUGUACCCAAAACAACAGAAAAAUGAGAAACUUGGAGGAGUUGUUUACUCAUUUUUAAUAAACUUGAAGAAAUCAAAAUCUGAAGAAAUGGAAUCAUGUAAAACAAAAGUAUUAAUUCCAAACGACAAGUCAGAGAGGGAAAUAUUGAAGUUCAAAUGUUAUGAUAACAAAAAUAAAGGCAACAAGAAACUAUCCAGAGUUCCCAGACAAAUACCAGGGGGUGUUUGGGAUGUGUCAGUAUCAGACCCAAUUAUAAACGAUCUUGCUCAUAGUUCUCUAAUGCAACUUAAUCUACAAUCGAGCCGGCCGAACAGGCUCAAAGUUAUAGAGAUUAUUUCUGCACAAAAGCAGGUUGUUGCAGGUCUUCUUUAUCACAUCAAGACCAAGGUCGUUUCAACUGAGUGCAGCCCUAAUGAUCUUCAGGAUUCUCACCAGUGUAUUGAACUAGUAGGAGAAGGCCCAUCUAUCUGUGAAAUUACCAUCUGGGAUAGACCAUGGAUACAUGACGGUCGAGAAGUUAAUAUUACUUGUGAUGACGACCAAGUACAGCAUUCUUUUAAAACCAGUAGUGUCCGACACAAAGAAAAAAGAUCUAUAGAAUCUAAUAAAAAUGAACAUAAUUCGUUAAAAUAUGAAGAUCUAUUUGAUCACUUUGUAAUCACUUUCAGUAAGAACUAUGCUGACGAAAAAGAGUACAAUUACCGUUUUAAUGUUUUCAAAGAAAACAUGAAAUACGUCCAUCUGUUAAACAAGUACGAGCAGGGCACGGGUAGAUAUGGGAUAACAAUGUUUGCAGAUUUGACUCAAGAUGAAUUCAGAAAAUAUAAAGGAUUUCGAAUAGAUUUGAAGAAUCAUAACGAAGUCGGAAACAGUUGGGCCGAAAUACCGAACACAGUGGAGCUACCUAUCGAAUUCGAUUGGAGAACUAAGGGAGCUGUGACUGAAGUAAAAAAUCAGGGCACAUGUGGCAGUUGCUGGGCCUUUAGCGUAACCGGCAAUGUCGAAGGUCAGUUUGCCAUAAAAAAUGGGAAAUUACUGGAAUUUUCUGAACAAGAACUAGUGGACUGUGACACGAUAGAUGAAGGUUGCAACGGAGGACUAAUGGAUAAUGCUUACCGCUCGAUAGAAAAACUUGGUGGUUUGGAAACAGAAAGCGAUUACCCGUAUGAAGGCGAACAAGAGAAAUGCCAUUUCAGGAGCAGUUUGACUAAAGUAAAAGUUUCAGGGGCCGUCAACAUUAGCACCAACGAAACAGAUAUGGCCAAAUGGUUGGUUAAGAACGGCCCCAUAUCCAUUGCCAUUAACGCGAACGCUAUGCAAUUCUACUUGGGGGGCGUUUCUCACCCCUGGAAGUUUUUAUGUGAUCCUAAAAGUUUAGACCACGGAGUGCUCAUUGUCGGUUAUGGGAUGCAUAAAUAUCCGUACUUAAAGAAAACGUUGCCCUACUGGAUCGUUAAGAAUUCGUGGGGUAAGAGUUGGGGAGAACAAGGUUAUUAUCUGGUUUAUCGCGGCGAUGGCACUUGCGGGCUUAAUCAGACUCCGUCCAGCGCUAUUGUGGAAUAAUUGAGUAAAAGUUCUUAAAGAUGGCUCUCUCCUUUUUUCAAACUAAGCAAUACUCGAAUUAUAUAUAUAAGUGCAUAAUUAUUAUAAUCAGUCUUUCAGGUAGUACGUACCUACAUAAUUAACUAUUAUUAAUUCAUUAAUAUUCCGUAGAAUAGCAAACUAUUUUUCUACUAACUUGUUAAGUUUUCAAAAUGCUUCUGAAAAACAGUCGCAAUUGUGGGAUAACAGUAUAAAAUAAAAUUAAAAUGGAAUAAGUACUUUAGGUUGUGAUUCUGAUAGGUUACUUCAAUCCACUGGUUAAAAAUUAUUGUGUGAUAUUUUAUUAUGUUUAGUAGCUAGCUUUUGUUUAGUUUAAUUGAAAAUUCUAUUUGUUUUUUUGUUAAAAAUGUGGAAGAAAUUUUUGAUCUGUAGGGUUCAUCUUUGUUGCAUAUUUAAAAAAAGAAAUUUGUUAAGUUUUUAAAAUUUUGACUUUCAAAUUUCCACGUUUUUCUGCAAUACCGUAAUAAUUGUUAAAUUAUUAGUCGUUUUUUAAUAUUACCGAAAAUAUACCAAAAUUCUGGUAAUGUACUUAUGAAUAUAUUGUGUAAAAGUAUAAUUACACAACUCAAAAUGAUUGUCUUUCUUGGUGGCGGUUAAAACAAUUAAUAUUUUGAAUUACUUUUAUUCAUAAAAUAUGUUGGGCUUACCAAAGAAACGUGCCAUGUUAUUGUUAAUUAUUUAUAAUGAGUAUUUAUAUAAAUUAUAUUCAGUUAUAUUAUUAAAUCCUCCGUAUAUACAUCGCCACUACAAGAAUUUCAGUACAAUUUACAUAAAAGUAUAACGAAUUGUUCUCUUUUAUUACUCAUAAUAAUUUUAUGUAAUAAAAAAGAAAUAUUACUUAAAUAUGUAAUAAAUGCAAGAAAAACUAUUAUUAAAGUAAUCUUGAAUGUAUGUAUAAUAUGUAUGGAAUCAUUGCUAAAUUGAGCAAUUUAGCUAAGCUACUUACUAAAAGGGAAUAUAUCACUUAAUCUGUUUUUUGUUGUAGUAGAUUUUUAUAUAAACUAACAAUAAAUGUUUAGAUAACCGA